AUUUCAUCCUCGGACAGUUGCUGCUUUUAUUCGGAUUCUUUCUUGCGGGAGUGAAGAUCAUGGAUCGAACUGGGGAUAAGGGCUAUCAAAGCUUUCUGAUGGAUGCUGCCAAUAUAUCAGGACCCAAGAGUAGCAUUACUGGAUCUUCUUCAAAGGCUGGGGUUUGUGGUCACAUUUUUUUAUUUGUAAUUAUUAUAUGUAAAGCUGUCCAGAUUGUCCCCGCAUAUUUUUCUUCGUUUGAGCUUUGUUAGGCGAUAAUUUAUUAUGGGUUCUGUUGGGCUGUAAUUUUUUUGGUGAAAACUUUUGGGUUUUGUUCUGACCUUGCAGCAAGAACAUAGAUUGCAAUGAGUUCUUAUAUACAAUUAAUCACAUUUCUUUAUUAGACAUUGUUUUUAGCUUUAUAUAAUUAAUUAAUUGCAACGAAUGCAAUGAACUUAUUGACUAUUUCAACAUUUUUUGUUGUCGACAGUAUCAAUACGAAAGAAGUUUUUUUUGGGAGAAAUGGCUAAGUCUCCUGUGACACUGGGCACAGAUGUCAUUGUUAUUGAUGACGAUGAUGAUGAUUUUUUGGGAGAAACCGUUAAGUCUCCUAUGACACCGAGUUCUGAUGUCAUUGUUAUUGACGAUGAUGAUGACGAGCCUUAUUUUGAAAGCAAAAAGAGAAUUAAAUCUUUCUCGACCUCUACC